CACUUCCAAUUAAAACAAAUCCCCCUCCAGUGAAAACUCAAAACACAAAAUAGUGUAGACACAGAAUCAGAUAAAAUUACUCAUACAAAACAUCAUGCAAAACACGAAGCCAACACAUUUUAUAAACUCUGACAUAACACACCUCGACAUAACAACAGUGUCAACAAGGAGAAGAUCUGCAUGUAUUCAAAAUCUAGAGGUAAUAGUGUUGAUGAAAUAAUGAUGAAGAAACGUUCAUGUAACAAGAUAAAUAGGAAAAGCAUUCUACACUCACCCAUCCAACCACCCAACAAUUCAACUCAUCUCAAUGCUAAAAACAUAUCACCUCGAUUGUCCAAUUCAAUUCAAUCCAAUCCACAACUACAUGUUCACCUCCUCUUCUUUCUACAGACACACACAUUCAUCGACAAACAUUUCCUGUCGCAUUCAACAACACCUCACUGUAUGCCUGAACAAACGACAAUGUACAGGCAUAAAUUCAUUCAUCAAUCCUACAACAUGUAGUCGACAACAACCAAGCAUCAUUUCAUAUUAUUUACAAGAUCAAAUCAAACUACUCGAAAGGUGCACACGUAGGUAGGAGAAGACAAGAUGAAG